GAGAGAGGGAGAGAGGGAGGGAGAGAGAGAGUAUAAAGCAGGGCACCCAGAGCGGCUGGGAGCAUUGCCACAGCACCCUGGGAUCUUCGCCCUCCUCCUCACUAUGGGACUUUGUGUGUGGAUCUGCGUGCUCUACUGUCUCCUGCAGGCGGGCGUUCUCUCCCAGACCCUCCACUGCCCCCCCGGGUCGGGCCGGGGCUGCGUCCAGGGCCUGACGACCAACGACGCGGACGAGCAGUAUGCAGAUAAUAUGGAGCCACAGAGACCCCGCCUGUUAUCUGGCGCCGAGAGACACUCACAGGGCCUGAUGCGGCGGCAGAGGGACCAUGAGCCCCGGCGGACGCCCCACCACCUGAACCCGGCCGGUCAGCCCGGGGCCGUCACGGCCAGGGGCUUCCCCAACACGCUCAUACAGGCGGAGCGCGGACGGAGGCACCUCCCCGCGCCGACCAGCGGGAAGAAAGUCAAGAGGCGGCCCCGGGCGGGGUCCUUCUCGCUCAUCGUCAACAACAACCCCUCCGCUCCACUACAGAUCAGCAGAGCCCGCAGACAAGUGAAGACCGACCCCCAGAAGAGAGGGAAGUCCGGACGGUCUGGUGCCUACUCCGUCCUGGGAGACCCACACACUGAAGGACAGACUGAUGGAGUGUGACAGAAGAGAGCGGUUACAGCAGGAAGCAUGACAGCGAUGGCAUCCUAUUUGAUCCUGACAACGCUUCUAUGUUGAAAAUAUUUAACAACAACCACACGCCACACUACAAUGAAUGUUUGCGUGGAAUUCUGACAAUAGUUUAAAGGCUAAAGAAACUAAAGAAAAGCAACAGCAUAUUGUUUGACAAGAUCCUGCUGCGUACGGCAAGCUUUACUGUUUCCACUGCUUGCUAGCUAACUUUUAUAAGACAGUCUGGAAACCUUAUAUAUAUAUAUAUAUAUAUAUAUAUAUAUAUAUAUAUAUAUAUAUAUAGCUUCAAGUGUCUAAUAUAUACUUGCAUGUUAUUCAACAUGUCUUACAUUUCUUGGGGUCAGCUAUUUUGUUUAAAUAUAUUGAAUCACUGAACUAUUUUUUUAAAUGCAUAUUUAGGUGUUUUUAUACCACAAUUUUCAAUAAAGUUAAAGUCACGCCAGUGAAGUAUGUGGUUCAACAGUUCACAUUUCAAACUAAUUUGCUGUGCUUCAUCUCAUAUAUUUUUAACAUUCGAUAACAUAUCAGAACACAUUUCCAUUUACCACCACCAAACAGAGUCUGCUAAUGUGGCACAGCACUGAAUGCUGCUGGGUGCAGGAAUAGCAGAGGGCUGCUGAGCGUACAGGUUGUGAAGGACAGUUGGCAGGCAAAGCAGGAACAGAGUCUGUUAAUAUAUUUACAUUCAUCAGCCAAGGGCACACAUAAGCUACUGGAGUGGAAAAGAUUUGCAAGUGCGGUCCACACCAUCUGUUUCAGAAGGCAAACCUGCAUUUAAACAUCCUCACUCACGUUGAAUCCAUUUAUCACCCAUUCAGAAACUUACAGUAUGGUUCGGAAACAGGAGUUUGACGGUUUCUGCAGCUGCCCGCAAAGUGCUCAAUUUUGUGGGAAAAUCCAGAAGCACGAAUGUAAUGACACUAUUUAGACCUUACUGAAGCCAUUGUGUGCUUGUUUCACAUCCCUUUCCUAUUUAGUGCUUUGAGUUGAAAAAGCUCAUUUUUGGGAAGUCAAGAUGGCAGGAGCACAUUUAAAUGAAAAACACCCCGAAAUCGCUUUAGAUACCAAAUCCAUAUCUCUUUACUUGAUAAGCGUUCAAUCCGGGAGCAUUUGAGGGGAAUGGGAGCCUUUGAUGGCAAUGGGGUUCUUGUGAGGAAGCACAGCAAUCUAUAUAGAAAGGGAUGACUCAUACCUCACUUAUUCAACCAUCAAAGCCAUCUAACCAUGACGAACCAUAGUGCCGUUUCAUGGAUUUUAAGGCACUGAUGCUCAAAGGGAUAAUACUGCCUUUCAUUCACCCUGGGUUCUCCCUGAAGCACGUACUUGCUGCUAAAAUUAUUUCCUCCGCCUCUCCUUUCAUACCAAGAACAGAAUUGGAUUUUGGACAAUUUGGUAAACGGCCGAAAAGUAUGUUUUUUUUCCAGCCAAGGAUCCGGGACAAUUGUAUACAUGUGCCGAUUAAAAAAGUUACUGACCCUCAUUAAUAAA